UCUUGGGAGAGGAGGUAGAGAGAGAGAAAGAGAGAGAGAAAGAAGGGUGGUACCAGCCCUGAACUGCAAAGCAAAGUUUUUUGACUGCUUAAAUUGGACUAAUUCUUUUCUACAGGUGACAGGUUCUGAGCAUGCUCAGUCUCCUCAGUCUGCCCUCAUGUUGAGAGUUGAGGAGAGAAAUCAGCCGAAAGAGUGACAUCACCUCACCUGGGUCAAGAGAACUCUGCCAGAGGGAGAGCCUGGCCACUCAGGAUGGGCUGCUGCUGCAGCGGGCAGAACCACAGCUCGGGUCCGAGCCCCGUCCCACACAGAGAGAGCCUGCUGACCAAUCACUGCCCAGGACCUGCACUUCCUACGCCAGAACAGCAUGAAGUGGAAACCUCCAAUCUUGACGGGGACUUCGCCAUCGCUCAGUACGACUUCACGCCGGCCAACAACGACGACCUGAGAUUCAGCAAAGGAGACAAGCUGAAGAUCCUAGAAGAGGACGGGGAGUGGUGGUGGGCCAGGUCUCUGGUCUCUGGGGAAGAGGGGUACGUCCCAUUUAACUACGUGACCCGGCCGGGGAGGCGGAGCGAGGAGAGGUGAGGAUCCCAGCGAGGCAGCGGCUUUCAGACGAUUCAGAAAAUGCUGGCGCUUGGUAACAGAAUCCAUGGUGCCGUGUGUCGGUUUGCAGGGGGGUUCGCUCUGUCCGUGAGGGACUGUGAAACGCCGGAGCAGGGCGACUGCGUGAAACACUACAAGAUCAGAGCCUUGGACAACGGAGGAUUCUACAUCUCCCCAAGCACAGCCUUCUCCUCCCUGCGCGAGCUGGUGCAGUACUACCAGAAGACACAGACAGGCCUGUGCCAUCAGCUGGGAGCUCCGUGCCGCUCGGUGACCCCGGACCGGCCGUGGGAGGAGACCCAGUGGGAGAUCCCCCGCCAGUCACUGCGCCUGGUGAAGAAGCUCGGGUCAGGGAUGUUCGGAGAGGUUUGGAUGGGCUAUUACAAUAACAGCCAGAAGGUGGCGAUAAAGACGAUGAAGGAGGGCAGCAUGGAGCCGGAGGCCUUCCUGCAGGAGGCCAACCUGAUGAAGCUCCUGCAGCACGAGCGCCUGGUGCGUCUGCUCGCCAUCGUCACCCAGCAGCCCAUCCUCAUCGUCACCGAGUUCAUGGUCAAUGGAUGUCUGCUAGACUUUUUGAAAACAGAAGGUGGAAAAAAGCUGAAGGUCCACAAACUGAUAGACAUGUCAGCACAGAUAGCAGAGGGCAUGGCCUACCUCGAGCGCAAAAACUACAUCCACAGGGACCUGCGAGCCGCAAACAUCCUGGUGUCCGAGACGCUGCACUGCAAGAUCGCCGACUUCGGCCUCGCCCGGAUCAUCGAGACCGAGUACACCGCACAGGAAGGGGCCAAGUUCCCCAUCAAAUGGACGGCGCCCGAGGCCAUAAACUUCGGCACCUUCAGCAUCAAGUCGGACGUGUGGUCGUUCGGGGUCCUGCUGACGGAGAUCAUCACGUACGGGAGAACGCCGUAUCCUGGCAUGACCAACCCUGAGGUGAUCAGGAACCUGGACCUGAACUACCGCAUGCCCCGGCCGGAGGGCUGCUGCGUGGCGCUGUAUGACGUGAUGGCGGAGUGCUGGCGGGAGCAGGCCGAGGAGCGGCCCACGUUCGAGUACCUGCAGGACGUCCUCAACAACUUCUUCAUCGCCACCGAGGGCCAAUACGAGGCACAGCCCUGAGCCCUGUUAUCGCCAUAGUAACAGGCACCCUGGUGCACUGCAGUGGUGUUAUCGCCAUAGUAACGAGCACCCUGGUGCACUGCAGUGGUGUUAUCGCCAUAGUAACAAGCACCCUGGUGCACCGCAGUGGUGUUAUCGCCAUAGUAACAAGCACCCUGGUGCACUGCAGCGGUGUUAUCGCCAUAGUAACGAGCACCCUGGUGCACUGCAGCGGGGUUAUCGCCAUAGUAACGAGCACCCUGGUGCACUGCAGCAGUGUUAUCGCCAUAGUAACAAACAUCAUGGCACACUGCAUUAGUAACAAGCACCAUCAUUUUCACAACAUUUUUACAUUUAAUUUCAUUUUUAUUUCAUAAUAACAGGUUUUAUUAAAUUAAUUAAUUAAUUAAUUAAAUUCAAAAGUCUUCCAAACAGAUGCGCCUUCAGUAAUCUUCAGUUACACUGUCUUGUCUCAGCUGGGGGUCUGCAGAGAGACUGUGCAGCUCAGGUUAUAGACUGCAGAGAGACUGUGCAGCUCAGGUUAUAGACUGCAGAGAGACUGUGCAGCUUGGCUGGGGGACUAAGGCAUUCCACGCACUGAACACCAACCUUUCCUUUUAUGAUAAAAAAAAGGGUUCAUACUGUAUAUUUUAUGUCAGUGGACUAAUUGUCUUGUCAUAGGAUUUAAUAAAAUAUUUUUUUACA